CUCAAGGUGAUACAGUGUGGGGGCAGAUAGCAAUGUGGCAGCCCUACUCUGCUGACAGAAGCUAACUGCAGCCAGUUGGCCACCAGAGGGGGACCGACAUUCAAUUUGAGCUACUCAGAUGUAAGGGUGGCAAACGUCAGCUCUCCUGAAACCCUGAAGGUUGGGUUACUGUUUGGUAUUUUUCCUCAGCAGAAUUCUUAAUCUAGCAGAUGGAUUGGCUGGCAGAUUUUCCUGCUGAGCUUCUAAGCCCCAAAUUGAAGUGUAUGGAAGUGAGCAUCUAAGAAGCAUCCCCUGGUUCAGCACAGGUCCUUGUUGCACCUCUCCCCCUUCCCCUUUUGUUUUCCAACAGACAACACAUUUAAAAUGCAUGAAAGGAAACUGGAUUUACAUAUGUAUGAUUAACCCACAGAACUCUCUCUCAGGAGACUUAGGACAAAUAGUUAAGUAAGCAUGAUGUGUUUAAUAUGAACAAACAGCAGUAACACUAACCAGAUUAGAAGUAUUCUCUUGGGCUUUGAGACACAGAUUAUUCAUCAGUUUGAAGGCGAAGAGGGAGUUUUAAUGCAGGGACUAGGAAAGCAUAAUUGAGCUCAUACAUAGAGCUAAUAUUCUCUCUUUAGGGCUCCUUCUGACUAAAUGAGCUUUUCUCUUAACUGCAGGCACCACUUGUCUUUCCAGAGAGCCUGGGGGAGUGGAAGCUGGCAUGAGCCUGGAGGAGCUGGAGAAGGAGAUGAUCCGAGCAGUGCAGCUUCAGGUCAGGAGGGAAUUUAGCACCCUGUUACCACCCUCAGAGGGGGCAACUGUUCUGAAUUGGUUCCCCCUCACAGACCAUGCCUGCCUUGGAUCAUUUCUGCCUUUGAGUGGUUUUUGAAUGGAGCUGACUUGACCCAGUUUAUCUCGCAUUUUGUAUUUAGCAGCCUCAGUGCCCUUUGGCUUUGGAAGGCCCUCUGGGAAUGUCUUUCUAGAAGCUGGCCCUGCUCUGUCUCAGCCCCUCCAGUUCCUCCUCCUGAGCAGGGCCCAGCUGUGAUUUAAGUGAGAAGUGGCAGAGUUUCAGUGGAGCUGCAUAUCAAACACAUUAGUGAGGUGUAAUUCACUUGGUGCUGCUGUGCCAGCUGUAGGCCUGAGAUGCUGACCUUGACAGAUCUGCUCUCAGACAGUGUAAAGUGCAGAGGGAAAGACCAGGUUAAACAGCAAUGCCAGAGGGUGGAAGGUGGCAAAGGGUUGUGGAACUGGUGAUGUUGGACCCGGGAGGCACCUACAAAUUCUAGUGCAGAAACACUUAUGGUUCAGAAAUUGUCUGGUUGGCUGUUUUUUGGCUGAAAACUCAUCUCUGAUCCCCAAGUGCUUGGUUCAACAGUGGGGCUUUACGAUUGCGGGAAGAGGGGAGUUGCUUCUGAGGUAGCCUGUGGAGAUGGAUAGAGGCCUGGAAUGAUUCUGAUAAAAGGCUGGGGCACUGAAGUAGAGGCUUAUGGAAAGAUAAAGGGUGCAGAGCAAAUGCACAGCUCCUCCUGAUCCCUUUGUCUUGUCAAACAAGGUCAAGCAACAGCCAACAGGGCUUGAAAAGCAACAAGACUAAUCAAAGCUCUGUUCCACAGAUGGGCUGAGGACUCUAGCAAGAGCUUAGGAGGAUAAAAGAGUGUGACAUGUAGGUGGAUAAUGAAAACAUCCAUGGUUAAAUAGAAUUUAAAGCAAACAAACCUUCCUGCUUCAGGGCCAAAGCCUGCCUCAGAUUGACAGGGUUUAGAACAAAACUUUCUCUCUGCUUCCCUUCACCUCCCUUGAAGCUAGCCACCGCCUGGUGCAGGAUGCUAACCUGGAGGGGUGUUUGGCAGCCGGUGGCCCUAGGCAGGAAGAGGAAGGCAGAAUCUGCUCUAAUCCUGUCACAGAUCUCAUGCUAAUUAGGAUUGAGCUAAUUUAAUACUUGGAUAAGGAACAGACAGAUCCUUCACAGAAUAGGGUGUUAACGACUUUGCAGAAAUCCUCUCUCCUCUAGGGGAGGACCACCCUCUGUGUCCUGGUGUGGUUGAGAGAAGGGGUUGCAUAGAGAAAGGGGCUCUCCCUUUUGCCCUGUGGUCCCAGUACAACACCAACUGUGUUGCAAGUGGGUGCUGUCUUCUGGAUGGGUGUAUUAAUUUAGAGCCUGCUUAAAUAUGGUGAGUACUGCAUUGGCAUGUUUCCAGAGCAUCUAUAUUUUAACUCUGCUGUCUUAGCCAAAUUUUGGUGAGUGCUAUUCCCUGGAUAAGGUGAUUUCCUUUAUAUCCCUCUCUGAGCUGUUGGAUGGAUGUGAAGCAAUCAUCAAGUCUGAGCCUGGAGGGAGCUAUGUUGCAGUGUCAGGUCAGUGAACCUCACACCUAUGCUAUUACAAGUCUUAGAGCUGGAAGACUUAGGGCAGGGUGAGCAUGUGUUGCUCUAAGAGGCCAACAUCUGCUCCAUGCCCUCUCUGAGCUGCAGACCUUGUUUGUAGAUACAAAAGCAUUUUUUUCCCCACCAUAGCCUCAGCCUAGCACAGGUUCAGUGAGCUGAGGGUUCUCUCUUGAAACCCAUCCCCCAUGGUGAGCCCCAUAGAGAGGUGGAUGCAGCUGUGAUUUCUUCUCUGGCUCCUCACCUUUGGCCCUCUCUCUGCAUCUCAUCACCCACAGGGUGUGGGCAGACACACAGUUCAUCAGGAGCUCCUGCCCAGCUUUUGGCUCUAGACUGACCCUGCUCCUGUUCUCUUCUAGCCUUGUUCCUUCUCUGCUCUGUUUGCCAAUGUGGCAGUGAAGACAAAGUGCCCUGAUGCACUUUGCCUUUCUCUCUUCUCUAGGAACCUGCUUCCUCGGGAGGGCUCCUUCCCCAGUUUUCCCUGGCUGCCUUUUGUUUCUCCAAUCAGUCAUGGUAAUUUACCCUGGCACUGUUUGGCAGGGGCUGUACCUUGGCAUCAUGAACAGCCAGGGUCAGCUGUCAGCCUCUGAGCCAUGAGCCUAAUGCAACAGAACAGAUGUAGGUAUUUUUUCCAAGUUUUCUCUGGGCAGCAGGAUUAAAGUCUCUGUUCUCAGCUGGGGUCCCCGGUGCAGUCACUUCCCUCCGUGUUACACAACACCCUAUUAAGAAGAACAGCACAAACAUGUUCAUUGGGAUCCCUUCCCCCAGCCUGGGAAGGCCAAGGAGCAAAGGCGAGGGAGAUUUCCAAAGGUUGAGGAACUGCCUGUGUUUGCUCCAGGAGCCUUGAGGUAAUCCUGCCCAGCCAUCCCCCUGUGAAAGGGCCCUGCCGCUCUCUGCUCUUCUCUGUCCUGUUGGUGCCAGGGCAAGAGGAAACAUGGGAGUAAAAGAGCAUUGAGGACCUGUUCCUUGUAAUCCAUUGAGCUGUGGGAAACCUGAGCUCCACAAAUUUGGUGUGUGGUUAUCAGUGGGGGAGAAACUAGUACGGCAGCAUCAGCACUAUGCCUGGUGUCAGCGCAUGCAUCUACCAGCUUGCCUGCUGAGCUGGAGGCUUCUGAGCAUGUGUAUGUGUGUGCAUGAGCCCAGCAGAAAGGUUUAACAAGGAAAAACUCUAAGGGUUUUCCCAGUGCUAGCAAGGGAGACAGCAUUAUGAUGCAAUCCCUGCUCCAGACAGAUCAUCUUGCUUGAAUUCAGGGGUGUCAUGCCCUGAGAAGACUGGUGUUUUUCUGAUGGCUGCAAAGUUGCUUAGAGAGCUUGCUGAAAAGAGGAAGACAAUGUGCUCUUUGUAGCUGAUUCUGAAGUGGUUGUUGGGGAGGGGGACAGUGCGUGCACCCUUUGCGAGUGGGAGAGGGCUUCCCCAGCAGACCUGAGAGGUUCAAGUCCAUGUGAGCACGCUUGAGGAACAGACAGAUCUGCUCCCUCCACGCACCAAUUACUUGCUUUAGUCACAAAAGACCGUAAAUGAACAAGGAAGUUAAUUAGGUCCCCAGCAGGCCAGGUUGGAGGCCUACAGGGUUGAGAAGUCUGGAAUUGGUUCAAAGGCACAGAGUGGGGAGAAGGCCCUUGAGUUCUGUGUAGUAAACAAAGGUGUUGCUGGUUCUCCACCUUGGAAAAUGCUGUGAAAAAAACAUCUUGGGCCAGGAUGGUACCCCAGGAGGGGGAGAGACCAAUUCCAGGCAGCAACUGUUUGUUUAGGCCUUAGAUGAAGGACUUAAACAGCUUGUUAAUUCACUCCUUUGUCCAGCUGCAGACUCUUAGUCACUCCAAGCAAGCCUCCAGGACAGUGUGUGCAGUUGUGAACCAGACUGUAAGGCUCCUGGUACUUGCUGCACGCUGUACGAUACAGCGAGUUGUCAGCAGGGCUGGAGAGCUGGGGGGCAUGUCACAGCUGUCUGGCCCAUCUCUAGCAAAACAUUUGCAGCAGGUUCUUUCCAUCUGCUUUGGCCCAAGAGUGACCCUUGCAAACUGCCUCUUCCCUGCAGUUGCCUCAGCAGAUGGUGGGAAGGCAGAUGGAAAGAAGGAAAUCUCUGAAACUAUAGCAAUAGAAAGAUCUGACCCAGUAGUACCUCUUGCACUGACACGCAUAGGUAAUGGAUUCUUGCAGUGCCUGAGCCUUGGCUUUCAUGGCCCUUCUCCCACCCCUUUGAGCACCACAUGCUUCCUUUCCCAGAUCUCAGCUGAGGCUCUGGAUGGCAUCCAGCUGGAAGAGAGCCUGCCCCAGCUCUGUGAGCAAAGUAGGAAGGGUCAUCCGCAUUUUCAGGGGGACUCACAGGGUGAUAGCUGAGAAAUGCUUAUGCUGUAGAUGAUAUGUUGAUGGGGUCUUGGAGUGUACAAAUUUGGGGGAGGUUUGUUCAGUUGCUCUGAAAUAUUGUGAGCCAGUUAGGGCAGAUGCUGCCUUGACCCCUGUCACAUGCUGGAUGCAUAAAUUUGGCUUCAGAAAGGUAGGCAGAGGGAGUGCUUUUCUUACCUAUAAUUUUUCUAGACCAUAGUGGUUCAAGGUGGGAUGAUGCAUGCUUGGCCCCACUAUGGAGGAAGUUUCAGCUCAGCAAGGGUGUUUGGGACAGCCGAGUUGUGUAUUGCCUGCCAGGCUGCACCAGCUGCUCUGGAGUCAGAACUCAAACCACAACAAGACUUGCUCUAAUCUCCAGACUUUUCCUUCACCUCAUUUGUUAGCGGUUUCAGAUGCAAAUUCUGUGGCUGGUAUGUAAAGGCCUGGCUAGCGUGCAGGGCUCCUGUCCAGCUGCCCUUGUUCAAACCUCCUCCUCUGCAGGCCUAACUGGAUGUGAGUGCUGCCCAGGUCUCCAAGAAGGAACAUGAGGGGUGUCCAGGUUAUAGUGUUCAGUAUAGGCAUGGUUCCUCUCCAUGUUACAGUAGUGGUUGACUUGGACAGUCCCUUUCCUGAAAACAUGAGUGAGACGUGUCCCAGCGCAAUGCAAUGGUGUAAGAUUUGCCUUGCAGAUGCAGUUCAGGCCCCUUUGCAUUAGAUACAAUGCAGACAUGUCAUGAGAGAUGGCCCCUUCUCAGUAGCCUGUGCAGGCAGUGAGGAUAAGGAGCAAGAAAUAGCAUGAAAGGGAAUAGCAGGAUCGCUAAGAGAAGCUUGGAAAGGUCAUCAGGCCUGCAAAUGCAAAGAUGUCUAGGGGCCAUGUAGAGGGGUUCUACUGUAAUGUUUGGUACCUUGCCCAGCUCUAGCGCCAUUUAGUAAGCUGGACCGGCCUUGGACUCUGUCUUGUUUGGCUAGACGGAAAUAGUUGUCAACAUGUCCUGAGCACAGUCUCAUCGUCACUCUCUAAUUCCUCCGAUGAGGCGUUGCAAACAGAUAUGCAUGUGUUGUAGCUGUACUUUGGAUUUGGAUUUGCCUCUGGGGACAGGCAGUGAUAAGAGCUGUUUAGAUCCCAAACUGUUGUGUUUCUGAACGAUUUUCUAGUAAGAGCAGGAGACAGGAGGGUGAAGAAGAGGCCGCUUCCCUUCCUAGAAGCAUCCUGCUGGGUUUGGGAGGGACCCAAGGUUUGCCCUUUGAGCGGCUUGGGUUAAUGACCAGGUUAGGGUUAUUGGUAGUGUUAUCUGACAGCUGCUAACUGGGUUUGCCCUUGCUCAGCAUCUGCCUCUGGGAUUUAGCCUGUCAGCUGCAGGGGCAGAUUUGGGUCUGUUGAGGCUGUUCCCCUGUGGAAAGAAGCUGCUGUGAUUAAUGACCAGCAACUAAUGAGAGGGAAAGGAGUAGGAGGAAAAAAUUGGCAAGGGUUUAACUCCAGUGGGUACAAAGGUUCAGCCUGCUUUGGAUCUGCUUGCACGAGGGGAUGGAGUGUCCAGGUCUGUAGCCAGCCAGAGUGUUAACAAGUGAGUGGCGAGCAUGGGUAAUUAGGAUGUCCAAUGCUGCAUCACAUAAAUCAAGCUUAAAGUGCCACAAAGAGUCUCCAGGGAGAUGAAAUGUCUAAGUGUCAUCAGCUCUGCAGAGAUAAUUAGAACCAGAAAAGCACUGGGAGGUAAAACAGCACAGAUAGUGAAAACAGCCUCAUGGGCCUGGGACCUUUGUGUGUCUGCACUGACUCCUGGGGCGGUGGGGCCUGGAAAUGGCUGUGUGGGAGUCCGGGUGUUUAUGGAGGGGCUGUAGGGCUUAUUCCUCCUCAAUCUCAGAGGCAAUUGAGUCUGAAGAAAGAAAGUCUUCCUGUCAAAUGAGGUUCCCUACCUCCACAUGCUGCUUCAGAUGCUUUGAACAGAAAGCAAGAAAUGGAGGGGAACAGCAAGGGCCAAGUCUGCUAUUGUUCUGUUUGUACGGUCAGUACUAGUGAGGGGGGCAUCCCCUAUGAACUCUGGGCUUAGCCUCUGUGAACCAACAUAACAUGGCCCUGUAACUUGGGUGCUACUGUUGGCCUGAGAGAAUCCCAGUAGGACUGGAAACUGGAGAUUUGGUUGAGCAUUGUGUGGGACCUUGGAUCAUGGUGCAGGUGCAACAUCCCUGAAGUAAAAGCUGCAGCUUCUCUAGCUGUGAUCAAAUCCAUAAGCUUGUGCCAUCCAUGCUUACUCCAACACCCAGCCUUGGGGUAGGAGACAGGCUCACCUUCCCUGUAAAAUGGAGGAAAGUACACUGCACCCUGACUCGGUUUGGCCAGCACCGAUUCUCCUCCUUGCCCUUCUAUUUAGGAAGGCCCGAACUCUGGUGGCACUCGUGCCACCUCUAUCAUGAGCAUUUGUGGCAGAUUUCCUGUGCAAGUUCAGCUGCCUGCCUAUUUUCCUGACUGAAGGAAAAGGAUGCCCUUCUGCAUGCUAUUUCAGGGCAGGUGCCUAACUUCAUGCCCUGCAGAGGAGCAUCUUCCUCCUGGUUUCUGUCUACACUGAGGUGAACCUGGGAAGAUCUUUUAGGUAAGAGAGGUGCCUCAAACUGCUUUGUGUGAUCACUCUUCCUCUAUGCCUGGCCCUGAAUCCUGGAGGUCACCUGCUUGCUGGGGUGCCAGAAGGGCCUCCAAAGGACAACUGUAGGAGCACCUCCAGGCUGGAGAAAUGGACCAACAGGAACCUCAUGAACUUCACCAAGGUUCAUUGUGUCCUGAAUCCCUGCUAGCAUCUUUGCGAAUUUUCCAGUUCUCAUGGAAGAAGUUCCUAUCGCUAACUUGGCUGUAGCAUGGACUUAAGACAACUUUACAUGUGCUCUGUGGCCGAAUGUCUGUGGGAGACAAUGUUGCUCAGGAUGGACAAUGGCUCCAGGCACAAACCGGUGCAUCAAACCUGUCUGUGACCCUCCAUGCCAGAACAAGGGAUCCUGCAGUCGGCCCCAGGUCUGUAUCUGUCGCUCGGGCUUCCAGGGCUCCAGGUGUGAAGAAGUUGUUCCUGAGCAAGAAUACUAUCCUCCUGGUGCUGCUGCUGCCGCCUUCCAGCCCCCUGCAAGCUCCUUUCGCAGGAGAACCAGCACUGCGGAGAGAGAAGUUUCCCUGAGAGUGGCUCAGGCACCCGUCCCACGGCACUCACCGGCUGUGACUCAGAGCAGAAUUGGCUCUCCUGUCUCCCCCCAGCACACAGGGCCUUCACGGACUGUCCGGCGCUACCCAGACAGCAAUGGUCACCUCACCUCUAAUGUACUCCCUAGUGGGAAUGGAUAUGAACAGAGCAGCUCUGGACCGCAUGCAGUUUCCCAGGAGCACACGUUGUCUCCAAGGGGGGCCAACCUGACGGAGAAGAUUAGGAAAAUAAAGAUCGUCUUCACACCCACCAUUUGCAAACAGACAUGCCGGAGUGGGCGCUGCUACAACAGCUGCGAGAAGGGAGACACCACGACUCUUUACAGCCAAGGGGGGCACAACCAUGAUCCCAAGUCUGGCUUCCGCAUCUAUUUCUGCCAGAUCCCCUGCCUGAAUGGAGGACGUUGUGUAGGCCGGGAUGAAUGCUGGUGUCCCUCUAAUUCCACGGGGAAGUUUUGCCACCUGCCGGCUUCCACUCUGGAAAAGAAGCAAGCAGGGAGAGUGCCAAACACCAUGGCCAGUGGCUCCAUGAAGCACUCCACAUACACACUGCCCCUGUCCAACCAGCUGGCUUCCUUAAACCCUUCCCUGGUGAAUGUCCACAUCAACCACCCUCCAGAAGCUACUGUGCAGAUUCACCAGGUGGCCAGGGUGCGGAGUGACUCAGAGCUCUCAGAGGAAAACAGUGUGGAGGCAGUAGUUGUGCCUCAACUGGCUGCAGUGCCGUGGUACCCCUACACCAACGGGAAUGGCAACAACAUUGGCACAGAAAGCAGGCAGCAGCAGAGACCUCCAAAUUUGAUGGGGAGGUGUUUUCGGGAGGCUCUCCAUGGACAGUGUGCUAACCCUCUGCCAGGGCUGACCAAGCUGGAGGAUUGUUGUGGCAGUGUGGGGCUCUUCUGGGGUGUGGACAGGUGCCUAGCCUGUCCCCCUCGACCAGCACACCCUGUGAUUGAGAAUGGGCAGGUGGAGUGUCCCCAAGGAUAUAAGAGGCUGAAUGGGAGCCACUGUCAAGAUAUCAAUGAAUGCCUGAUGCAGGGUCUGUGCAAAGACGCUGAGUGUGUGAACACCCGUGGCAGCUUCCGCUGCACCUGCAAACCUGGCACCAUGCUGGACCCAUCCCGCAGCCACUGUAUCUCGGACAAGGCAGUGUCCAUGGAGCAGGGGCUGUGUUAUCGCUCAGUAGCCGGAGGUGUGUGCUCCUUCCCCCUCUCCCAUCGAAUCACCCAGCAGAUCUGCUGCUGCAGCCGUGUUGGCAAGGGCUGGGGGAAGAACUGUGAGAAGUGCCCCAUGCCUGGUUCAGAAGCCUUCAAGGAGAUUUGCCCAGCAGGACACGGCUACACCUACUCUAGCUCUGAUAUCCGCCUGUCCAUGAGAAAAGCAGAGGCAGAAGAGCUACCGCUCAGCUUGGAAGAGCAAGGGGAAAGCAGCAACUGGACAUUAGAUUGGGCAGGAAGAAGACAGCAACUGCAGGACAGCUUGCAGGGGAGCAUCCUGGAGGCAUUCCCUCAUCCUGGCACCUCAACAGGAGAGGGUGAAGUUUCUCCUGCUGGACAGGGCCCUGCUGACACCACUCCAGAUGCUGAUGCCGCACAUACCGCAGAGAAAGAGGAGUCCCUGCAUGCUCCCCCCAUGCCUGGCACCAGUACCCCCCACACUGAUGCAGCUCCAACACAGAUGUCAGCACAAGGCUCAGGGACCAGUAGCUGUGCCUCUUCACCCCUCUCCUGUGGAGCAGGCACUUGUGUGCUCACCCUGGAUGGAUACAGCUGCUUGUGUCACCCGGGCUAUCAGUUGCACCCCAGCCGCCUCAACUGCAUUGAUGAAGAUGAAUGUCUGAAGGAUCCUUGUGCUGGAAAAGGUCACUGUAUCAAUAAUGUGGGCUCCUAUGUGUGCCUCUGUUACUCUGGGUACACCUUGAUCAUCUCGGAGAAAAAGCAGACCUGUCAGGAUCGAGAUGAAUGUGAUCAGCCCUCUGCAUGCCCUGGGCAGCAAUGCAUCAACACUCCUGGCUCAUACCACUGCGAGUGCAAGGAGGGCUUUGUCAUGAACCCCAGAGGACAGUGUGAAGAUAUCAACGAGUGUGUGGACCCUAGCCCUUGCCCCAGUGGGAAGUGUAUCAAUACCCUAGGGUCCUACAAGUGUGUGAGCUGUCCAGAUGGUUAUCGGCCCAGGAACGGGAGAUGCAUUGAUGUGGACGAGUGCCUUGUGGAGGGGACCUGUGCUCAUGGACAGUGUGUCAACCUGGACGGCUCCUUCCGUUGUUCCUGCUGCCAGGGCUAUGAGGUGGCACUUGAUGGGAAGAGUUGCCAAGACAUCGACGAGUGUACAGCAGAGGCUGCCUGUCCCUCUGGACUCUGCCUCAACACCGAGGGCUCCUACUCCUGUGUGGCUUGUGAUUCUGGCUAUGCCGUCUCCAGAGAUGGCAGCACAUGUGAAGACGUGAAUGAGUGUGAAGAUCCUGCCAUUCAGUGUGUGGGGGGAGAGUGCAGGAACACUCCAGGCUCCUAUCAGUGCCACUGCCAGGCUGGCUUCGAGCUCAUCAACGGCACCAUGUGUGAAGAUGUGAAUGAGUGCCUGAACAGUGAGAUCUGCAGCCCCAACGGUGAGUGUCUCAACAGUCAUGGAUCCUACUUCUGCAUUUGUGCUUCUGGCUUCUCAAAUGCGGCUGGUGGAGUCACCUGCCAAGAUGUGGAUGAAUGUGCAGACAAGUCCCGGUGCUUGCAAGGCCAGUGCCUGAACACAGAAGGCUCCUACAGGUGUCUGUGUGAGAAUGGGUUCAAGCACUCCCAGGAGACUGAUGACUGCGUAGACGUGGAUGAGUGUAAAGAAUAUGGAGAUGCCAUCUGUGGUGCAUGGAGGUGCCAGAACAGCCUGGGCUCCUACCGUUGUAUCAUGGGCUGCCAGCCCGGUUUCCACUGGACCCCCCUGGGUGACUGCAUUGACAUAGAUGAAUGUGCCAAUGAGACGCUGUGUGGGAGCCAUGGCUUCUGUGAGAACUCGGAUGGCUCCUUCCGCUGCCUCUGUGACCGUGGCUAUGAGAGCUCACCCUCCGGGCACUACUGCAUCGAUGUGAAUGAGUGUGAGCUGAUGGUGGCUGUGUGCGGGACUGCACUCUGUGAGAACGUGGAGGGAUCAUUUCUAUGCCUGUGCCCCAGUGACCAUGAGGAGUACAACACAGAGGCUGGGGAGUGCCAGCCACGAGCAGCCAUGGGUGAGAUGCAGCUAGGGCAGGAGCACAGCAGCCCUAUUUGGAGUGAGAUACAGCUGGGGACGUCACAGGGAGCUGCCAGGGCUGCACAAGGCCACUCAGGCAUGGAGAGCCCUGAGAGACGCGCAGCUCAUCUCCCUGGCAGCAUGGAGCACAAGCAGUGUUACUACCACAUCAGUGAUGUUAGCCUGUGUGAUAGUGUCCUGGCCAAGAACAUCACCAAAGAAGAGUGCUGCUGUACUGUGGGGGCAGCCUGGGGUGACAGCUGUGAGACGUACCCCUGCCCCAUCUUGGGCACAGUGGAGUAUGAAGAGAUCUGCCCUCUUGGGAAGGGUUAUGUUCCCCAGGAAGACUUGCUCUUAGGAGAAGUCUCUUUCACAGAUAUGGAUGAGUGUGAGAUAUUCGGCUCUGAAUUCUGCCGCAAUGGACAGUGUUUGAACACGGUGCCAGGCUACAAGUGCUUCUGCCGUACAGGCUAUAUCUAUGACUCUAGCAGGCUCGAGUGUGUUGAUCAGGAUGAGUGUCAGAAUGAAGUGUACUGCAUCAAUGGUGAGUGUCUGAACACAGCCGGCUCCUACCACUGCUUCUGUAGCCUCCCCCUUGUGCUGGAUGCAACCGGCAAUCGCUGUGUGAACCUCUCUAGCAGGGCAGAUGCCCUGGAUGAGUACGAAAUCCACUUGGAUGUCUGCUGGCAGACCGUCUCUGACUAUAUCUGCCAAGACCUGCUGCAUGAGGAGCAGACCACGUACACAGAAUGCUGCUGUCGGCUUGGUGAAGCCUGGGGUCAGAACUGCGCACUCUGCCCGCACAGGUCAUCCGCUGAUUUUUCUUUCCUGUGUAAUGGGGCCAGUGAAGAUAGUGAGAGAGAGGCUGAUCUCCGAGAAAGGCCUAGGUAUGAGUAUGGACCGAGUUUGGAAGAUUCCCACUAUGGCCUUACCAGUCCAGAUAUAGGACCCUAUUACAAUUACUUGGAGUCUGAGUAUGGAAACCCUGAUGCUGGUUCACCUCGGAGAGAACCGAACAACGAGUUUCGUGGCAGCCCUCUUCACCAUGGCCCAGUGCAGCCCCUGCCCCGCUACCUGCCCAGCCAAACUGGCCGCUAUGAGGGCUUCGAGGGGCUGCAGGCUGAAGAGUGUGGGAUUCUCAAUGGCUGCGAGAAUGGACGCUGUGUGCGCGUCAGGGAGGGCUACACCUGUGACUGCUUUGAUGGCUUCCAACUGGACAUGACCCGCAUGGCCUGCGUGGACAUUAAUGAGUGUGAGGAGGUGAGCGGCCCUGAGCCUCUGUGCCAGGGUGGCACGUGCGAGAACACAGAGGGCUCCUAUCGCUGCCGCUGCUCGCCGGGCUACGUGGCCCUGGCCCAGCCCCACCACUGUGUGCCCCAGACAGCCCAGAGCCCAGCGGCAGCAUAGCUCUAGGAGAGCUGCAGGUGAGGGUGCUCCCUUCUGGCACUCUGCUCUUGUACCUGGGACCCAGCAGCAUGGAGAAAGGCCCCUAGGGCUCUGGUUACUUCAAGGCCCUUCACUCUUUCCCCUCCAAAGCACACAGCUUCCCUGACACCUCUCUCCCAGUGGUGCCUGCGUGUGUACAGGCCAGGGCUGAGCUCCAAGCCUCUGCAGCCCCCCAUCCUUCCUGGCCUGCUCACUACCAGCUCCUGCUUCUGCCACAGCAGAGUCCUCCCCAGCCUCCCCUUGCUUGGGCUGCGGUCUCCCAGCACCCCUUGCACCCCUUCCCACCACAGAGGUUUGCAGGGCACCUUCCCUUGCCACACAGACCUUGUCUCCUUCCCGCACUAUGCAGAGAAAUUUGGUUCAUUCCCCCACCCCCCACAAAGUAAGCACCAUUGCUGCACUGACCCAGCAACAAGCCUCAUCCCCACCACGAGUGCUCAGCCCCUUGCUCCCCAUGAAGCACCCUGCCCCAGGCCAGAGCAUUGUGGGGGUCAACCCCAGCUUUCUAAAGCUGCUGCCUGACCUUGAGACAUGGUCUGGAGGCCUGCUGGUUCCCCACAGCCACCUCUCCCUGCAGCCAUCCUAGGCACAUCCUCACCUCUGCACUUUGCCUUUGUGCCUUGUGCUGUCUGAGUGGGUGGGAGGGAGGGCAGUUCCAGUUUAGUUUCUGUAAAGUUGUUGGUGACUUUUUUUUAAGCGAGUCUGCUGGGAACUUCUGUCAUGUUGUUAAAUAAAACAUUUAUUUUGGGCCCUGUGGCUCAAGACACUGGG